AAGAAAUUGCUCUAUUUUUUACAAUUGAAAGGUUCGCACGCGCAGCACCUCGGAAGCAUCGAACAAUGUUUUUUGUUUCCACCAAUUGCCAACCCAACCAAAAUAAAAAGUUGUCUUUCUCAUUGGUCUUCUCUUCUCCGCGUUGUUGUUGUUUUUUUAAGGGUUUUUGUGAUCUGAUUCAGCUUUUUGAACUUCACUGGGAAAUUUGAUUGUUCGGUCAGUAAAACGGUGCCGUUGAGGUUGGAGAUGGAGGAACCGCUACAAGAAGAGCAUGCUCCUCCCAACAAGCGCUUCAAAUCUUCAUCCGCUUCACAAGAUGAGCAAUGGAAUGCUUCAAACGGUGCAUCAUCUUCCAGUUCUCCCUCCCAGUACAAUAUACUUGAUGAGCCUAGCCCUCUGGGCUUACGUCUGAGGAAGAGCCCUUCGCUUUUAGAUUUGAUACAAAUGAAGCUUUCUCAAGGGAAUGUGAUUAUUGCAAAUACACAAGAUGAAAAUUUUAUAAGCUCUGGAUUGAAAAAGGAGAGUCGGGGUGCUGCUGCAUCAGGUUCUGUGGAGAAGCUUAAGGCUUCAAAUUUCCCAGCUUCACUUUUAAGAAUUGGUUCAUGGGAGUAUAAAUCAAAACAUGAGGGUGACUUAGUGGCAAAAUGUUACUUCGCUAAACAGAAGCUUGUUUGGGAAGUUAUUGAAGGUGAACUAAAGAGCAAAAUGGAAAUCCAAUGGCCAGAUAUCAUGGCACUUAAGGCAAAUUGUCCUGAUACUGGACCUAGCUCGUUGACUGUAGUGCUCGCUAGACAACCUCUUUUCUUCAAGGAGACUAAUCCUCAGCCUAGAAAGCAUACACUAUGGCAAGCAACAUCAGAUUUUACUGAUGGAGCGGCUUGCAAACACAGGCAGCAUUUCUUGGAAUUUCCACAAGGGUUGUUGGCCAAGCAUUUUGAAAAGCUUAUCCAAUGUGACGCACGUCUUAAUUUCUUAAGCCAACAACCUGAGAUAAUCUUGGAUUCACCUCAUUUUGAUACACAGCCUGCUGCUUUUGAGAACCUUGACAAUCCAGAAGAUCGUGAUUUGCAUCUAGUCAACGGUAGUAGAAGUUCUGAAACUGAUUUCAAGGGACCAAGAAACUUGGAUCAGAUAAAAUUGCCUGGACUCCAGCCCUCUAUGUCAGUGAGUGAUUUUAUUGGCCACAUUGAACAUUGCCUUUCCGAACAAAUAACUUCCGGAAAUCCAUCCUUUUGUGGUGGAAGAUCAGAGUUACAGGAAAUGCUGGAGGAAAUUGCACAGCAUCUUCUUAAUGACAAUCAGGUUAUAACAACUUCUGAUGAAAUAUCACUCAUGACAAGGGUCAAUUCUCUCUGCUGUCUUCUACAGAAGGACCCUGCAGGAUUGCAGAGUUCACAUGACAAGGAAAGUGCUGUUGCUGAAGGACCUGAUGAUGAAAAACGUAUUCAACUUAGCCAUGAUCUUGAAUCAAUGCAGAACAACAAAAUUAAAAUGGAUGUCAAGCCUGCUGAAGAGGACUUCAGAGAUGCUUCUGGGAGCAAGCAAACACUAGGCAUGUCCAGGAAAGACUCUUUUGCAGAGUUGCUUCAUCAACUUCCUCGAAUUGCAUCACUUUCGAAGUUCUUGUUUGACAUAUCAGAAGAAGAUAGCGACAGCUAAGCCCGAUAGUUAUUUUGAAAUCCAAAAUGAGCAAGAUCAAGGUGCGUAUAGGACAUGUUGUUGUCUUAGUGGGCAUGUGAUGUUUAAUUUUUACGAUAGGAACCACAAGGAUUUGGAAACAUUUUAAUGAAGAAUCCUGGUGGAGCCCGUGUAAAAAACUGUUACAUGUGCUCUUGCACAAUUUCCUUAAUCUUUCCUUUUGGGUCUUAUACACACUUGUCUGCAUGUAAGUAAAUAAUGUGUUACCAAAGAAUAUAGACGCUUAUGAAUUUAGACGCUUUUGUGGCUUUGUGAAGGAUGCCACUUUUUUCUUGGA